AUGGCAUUGGAGCAACAGGAGAAGAGGGAGAAGCAACUGCAGAGGGGAAUCGCGGAGUUCUACGACGAGUCGUCUAGGAUAUGGGAGGACAUUUGGGGUGAUCAUAUGCACCAUGGCUUUUACGACCCUAAUUCGACCGUUUCUGCUUCGGAUCACCGAGAUGCUCAGAUCCGAAUGAUCGAGGAGUCCCUUCGUUUUGCUGCUCUUUCUGAGGAGGGUGACACAUGGCCCAAGAGUAUAGUUGAUGUUGGGUGUGGCAUAGGGGGCAGCACGAGAUACCUGGCCAAAAAGUAUGGGGCAAAGAGCGUAGGCAUCACUCUGAGUCCUGUUCAAGCUGAAAGAGCUAAUGCUAUUGCUGCUGCUCAAGGAUUCUCUGACAAGGUUUCCUUUCUAGUGGCUGACGCUGUAGAGCAACCAUUCCCCGAUGGGCAAUUUGAUUUAGUGUGGUCCAUGGAGAGUGGAGAGCAUAUGCCUAACAAAGCAAAGUUUGUUGGAGAGUUAGCUCGGGUAGCAGCACCAGGUGGAACCAUAAUAAUAGUAACAUGGUGCCACAGGGAUCUUGGCCCUGCUGAAGAUUCCUUACAUCCGUGGGAGAAAGAUCUUUUGAAGAGGAUAUGCGAUGCUUAUUACCUUCCAGCAUGGUCUUCAACUUCUGAUUAUGUCAGACUGCUCCAAUCCCUGUCACUUCAGGAUAUUAAGACAGCAGAUUGGUCUCCCUUUGUUGCUCCUUUUUGGCCAGCAGUGAUACGCUCAGCAUUGACAUGGAAGGGUCUCACUUCACUCUUUCGCAGCGGACUAAAAACCGUAAAGGGAGCUUUGGCUAUGCCAUUGAUGAUAAAAGGAUACAAGAAGGAUCUAAUUAAGUUUGCCAUCAUUACAUGUCGAAAGCCUAAAUAA